ACCGAAGGAAAAGAAAACCCCUUCUCCCCCUCUCUCUCUCUCUCUCUCUCUCUCUCUCUCUCUAAACACCCUGAACACAUACAUACCGAAAGAAAAGAAAACCCCUUCCCACACACACACACUCUCUCUCUCUCUCUCUCUCUCUAAACACCCUGAACACAUACAUACCGAAAGAAAAGAAAACCCCUUCCCUCCUCUCUCUCUCUCUCUAUGCGCGGAAGCCAUUGCCGAUGUCGAGGAGGCUAAUUAGAAUCUGCUAAUAUAUCUUGUCAAAUAAUUUAUCCCUAUUCACCUGGAGGGGGUUGAUGGAAAUGGGAGGGCCCCCAGCUGUCGCAGUAAAGAAGAUAUCACCUAAGGCCAUUAUUUACCAGAGGUUUGGCAGCCAAGCAUGCUAUACGGUUGAGGAAGUACAGGAGUCUAUUCAAAAUGAAUGCCCAGGGUUAGCCAUUCCACAGAAGGGACCUUGUCUUUAUCGCUGCUGCUUGCAACUUCCAGAGUUUUCUGUUGUAUCAGAAACCUUUAAGAAAAAAAAGGACGCAGAACAGUCUGCUGCAGAGAUGGCGCUACUGAAGCUAGGUAUCAAUGCUGCAACUGAUGAUACCACUGUACAGGAUCCUUGGGAUGAGUUGGUUUCGCGUCUCUCAUAUUUAUUUUCAAAUGAGUUCCUUAAAUCUCUUCAUCCCCUGAGUGGUCACUUUAGAGCAGCUUUGCAGAGAGAGGGUCGACUCAAUGGUUUAGUUCCAAUUUCUGUCCUUGCCGUCUAUGAUACAAAGUUCAGUAGUUUAUGUAAAAGCAUAAAUCCUAAGGUUGAGUCAAAUCCACUGUUGAUUAUGUCACUUAUGCUGAAGGCCGCUUCAAGAUUAUCGGGUUCUGUGUCUGCUUCUGAAGAACAGCUUUCGAUGAAGAGGGAAAAUCCAUACCCUCCUGAGAUUGUACAGUCUGUGGUUGACCAACAAUCAAGCUUACUGGACUCUAUUUUGAUUAAAGUGGUGCGAAUUCCGUACUCAGUUGAGAAGACUGUUGAACCCUUAACUCUUAAUGUUGCUUCAAAUGGUUAUUACUUGGAUAUUAUUGCUCAGGAGCUUGGUUUAACUGAUGCUUCUAAGGUUUUGGUUUCCAGGACUAUUGGCAAAGCUUCUUCAGAGAAGAGAUUGUACUUUUGUGCUCCCGAGUCAUGUCUGGGGGAUUCGUCAUCAGAACUUCUCCACUCAACAGAAUCUGUUCCAUUAAAUGGUUCUUUAAAUGCCAGGGCAAGUUACUUAUCUGGCCAUCUUAUAUGUGGUCAUGCAAUUUUAGCAUCCAUUGGAUAUACUUGGAAGUCUGCUGAUCUUUUCUAUGAAGACGUGUCCUUGCACACAUAUUGCAGGGUACUUAUUGGUAAGAUACCUAGUGGAGUUUACAAAUUGUCCAGAGAGGCAAUACUUGCAGCAGAGUUGCCUGGAGCAUUCACUACACGAACCAAUUGGAGGGGUUCAUUCCCAAGGGAUCUCCUCUGUACAUUCUGCCGUCAGCACCGUUUAUCUGAACCUGUCUUCUCCAAUGUUAAUUCCCUGGAAUCUUUGCCAGAGUCACCUGGAUUGCAAAAGAAGUUGAAGGUUACAGAGUCAGGCAAUGCAGAAACAAAUGGAGGUGGUAAUGCUGUUGGCGACGGUAAAUCAGUGGCAGCCAAAGGGACUUUUAAAUGUGAAGUCAAAAUAUUUUCUAAGUGUCAAGAUUUGAUUAUUGAGUGUUCACCAAAAGAGUCUUUUAAGAAACAGAAUGAUGCCAUCCAAAAUGCUUCUUUGAAGGUUCUCUCAUGGUUAAAUAAAUAUUUUAAGAAACUGGAUAUGCCUUUGGAGGAGCUUACCUCAUCUGGAGAUGUUCUUGACAUCCAAUUUCAUCCCCAAUUCUUCUUUAAAGAGUUUUCUCUAUGCAUAUCUGUGUAUACGUUUUGGCAGAGCAGUGGGGCUGAAGAUGGCAGAUUACUAGAUUUAAAUUGUAUGAAUCAGGUAAAUGGUACGGUGGGAGAUACAGUGUGUCCUAUAACCAUCGAAGGUCCAGACUCUGGAGUCUCUCCAUCUAAUGGAUAUUUAGUAUGUAUAAUUUAUACCAUAUGUCUGGUUACAGAAGGAGAAUAUAUGAAAGAACUGAUUGAAAGUAACGAAGAAUUUGAGUUUGAGAUGGGGACUGGAUCUGUGAUUUCCUCCUUUGAAGCAGUUGCGACACAGAUGUCUGUGGGUCAGUCUGCAAGGUUUUAUAUGGACUUGCCCCCUCAAGAGUUGAUUUUAGCUUCAGCUCGUGAUUCUUCUAGAGUUCUUUCAUUAUUAACUUCAAGAGGCUGUAGCUUAGAGUGCUCCACAACUCUGUUGCGUGUGACGGAACCCUUGGAGGACAGAAUGGAGCAGGCUCUAUUCAGUCCCCCUCUAUCAAAGCAGCGUGUAGAAUAUGCAGUGCAGCAGAUUAAAGAAUCUUGCGCUACUUCUUUGGUUGAUUUUGGAUGUGGCUCUGGAAGUUUACUGGAUUCUUUGUUAGAAUACCCAACUUCUCUUGAGAAAAUUGUUGGUGUUGACAUUUCCCGGAAGUCUCUUACCCGUGCUGCAAAGAUAAUCCAUUCAAAACUAAGUAGAAGUUCUGAUGCUACUGUGCCAAGUGCGGGUCUCAAAUCUGCUGUACUGUAUUAUGGUUCCAUCACAGAUUUUGAUUCUCGGUUGUAUGGGUUUGAUAUUGGCACUUGCUUGGAGGUGAUUGAGCACAUGGAGGAAGAUCAAGCACAUUUAUUUGGUGAUGUCGUGCUCACUUCUUUCUGUCCAAGGAUUCUAAUCGUCUCCACGCCAAAUUAUGAGUACAAUGUGAUACUCCAGAGAUCCGCUCUGCAAAGCCAAGAAGAUGAUCCAGAUGAGAAAACCCAAUCACAAUCAUGUAAGUUCCGAAACCAUGACCACAAGUUUGAGUGGACCCGAGAGCAGUUCAGCCGGUGGGCUUCUAACCUCGCCAUGAGGCACAACUACAGCGUUGAAUUCAGCGGAGUCGGUGGUGCUGUCGACAGGGAACCGGGAUUUGCAUCACAGAUUGCUCUCUUUAGGAGGGAAGGUGAAUGCCCUAGAAAUGUAGAUGUAACCCACAAUUAUGAAAUUGUAUGGGACUGGAAUAGCACCUAACUGUUCCAAGUUCAUGAUCUGAUUUCUAGAAACUAUAGAAUUUAAUUCGAACUAAUUAAUUUUUAAUGUUCCUUACAGGCAAACUAGAUUACUUUUGGGUUUGUAAAAAGGUUUUGGAUGUGAACAAAAAGAAGAUGAAGUAAAAGUUAAUUUUUUUUCC